ACACCCUUUCUCUCCCAAAUCCAAAAAUAUUGCAGGUAGAAUUUUAAUCUUCUCAAAUCUUCCAUUCUUUUCUUAAACGCUGAAACCCUAAUCUUCUCUAAAAAAAGUUGUAAUCUGGGUACAUCUUGCGGCCAAACCAUAACCCACCUCUCAACAAUGGCGAAUGACGAACUCCAAUCUCUAAAUUUAGGUUACGACCCCAACUUCAUCCCCGAUUCCGUCAAAAUCUUCGUUGUCUAUCUCUAUCGGAGCGUCUCUUCAAGGACACUCCGUGGUCCUCCGUCGAUGUUGUCGCGCAGUACAACGACAAUGACCACGUGUUCUGUCUCUGUUACCGUGAGAUGUGGUUUCGCCACUUGUAUUCGCGUCUGACUCCUACCGUUCGUCGAAGAAUCAAUUCGUGGGAUAAUUACUGUACUUUGUUCUAGGUUGUUCUUCAUGGGAUUGUGAAUAUGCAGUUGCCGAAUCAGUGGCUUUGGGAUAUGGUUGAUGAGUUUGUUUAUCAGUUUCAGAGUUUUUGUCUGUAUCAGGCUAAGAUGAAGAAUAAGAAUGAACAUGAAAUUGCUCUCUUGAGACAGUUUGAUCAGUAUGGGCGCUUUUCUGUCAAGGGCAGGGACCAAAGGUAAUGAUUCCCUUAACCUGCAAUACUGCAUUGGUCCUCAUUUUUCAUUUUUUGGAGUUUUUUCUUUCCCUACUUUUUGGAGUUUUUUCAUAUUUCUGUUUCUUCGAUACAAGAAAAAAGCUUCAUCUAACAUUAUCCAUUUGUCACUUGAAUGUUUCUGAUAUGACCAAAUAAUUUGUGAAUCUCAUUGGCGCGUGGUUCUCUAGGAUCUAUGCUCGGAUAAAUCUUGGUUAGUAUUUGUCAUGUGUUUAAGAUUCACCUGAUUAAGGAUUUAACAUUUUGCUUUUUUUCAAAAGGGAUGCUUGUGUUUUGGUAGUUCCUUUUGAGCCUUGAAGUGCAACAACUUUUAUCUCCGGUAAUUUAUCUUGCAGCUUACAGAAAUGCAGAAGAUAUGAAUUGUCUUUCUGUUUUCCUGCAUGUUCUUAAAGAUUCCAUUCGCAGUUUUGAUGCAUUUCUUUUCCUCUACAAGUUCGUAUCAAGCUCAUAUACUUCAAUGGUUUCUCAGUGCAGCUGAAAAGCUAGAACAAGCAGAGAAUCAAUUGGCACACUCACGUUUCAGGACACUAGUUGCAGAGGAUUUCAUUAAGAAGAUCCCUCGGGUCAGAGGGAGCUGGGCUUUUGCCAACCUUGGGAAUACUUGCUUUCUCAACUCCAUUACACAAUGCUUCACGCAUACAGUGCCUCUAGUUGAGGGUCUUCUUUCGUGCAACCAUUCUACUGAUGGUCAUAGUGGGUACUGUGUCAUUUGUGCUUUUCGCUACCAGAUGCAACAUUCUUUGCAGUCUACUGGAACUGUUAUCUCGCCAGUGAUACUUGUGGAUAAUUUGAAGCGUAUCCUUAAUACCAUAUUCAUGGAUUUAUUUUUUGAAUAUCCUGUGGUAGGCUUGUUGCCAAUCUAUUGAAUGGAAAGGAUUAAUAAUUGUCAUUAAUUAAUUGGUAUAAAUUUGAAGUGAUUGUUAUAUUAUUGGUCUGUGAAAUAGAACAUUUAAUUAAUACUGUAGAACAGUGCUUUAGAAUCUUUCACUACGGUGGAAAACAUUGAUGAAAAGCUUAAAUGUGAGGGCUGCAAUGAAGAAGUCUCUAUGGAGAAACAGCUUAUGUUGAAUCAGACACCUUCUAUUGCUGCAUUCCAUUUAAAGAGGUUUAAAACAUAUGCAGGUCAAAAAAAUUCAAGGCUGCUAUUAUCCGUAUUAACAGUAAUGGAGGUGAUAUUCUAGCUUCUGAUUUGUGGAGCAUAUAAAUUAAAUGCAUCAAGCUUGAGAGUUAGGUCAAAGACUAAUCGCGUCUGGAUGCCUUCUUAAAUAAUGACGCCGGGUCCAAUCCACUUUUUCCAUUGCUAUCUGCCAUAAUAGCAUUGGAGAAGAGCUAUACAAUAAGAAACAAUGACGGUAAAAUGUUAGUGUAAUGACUAAUGAAAGCAUUGCAGGUAAAAUUUCAAACAGCAUAUGUUAAGGACUCAAAUCCUGGUUGUGUUGAAUCAGAGGGAAUAGAAUAGUCAUGCCUAUUAAAGGUUCU